AUGGACCUGGGCUCCGGUCUCCCAGAGGUACCACGCUCUGAACCUAUCCUCGCUCCGUCCCAGGAGCUCCCAUCAUCCCCACCCUCAGUAGUUUCCGAUGCUGGUACCCGACGGAAGCUCAGGAAGCCACCCCCCGUCACCCCCCGAUCCUUUAGGAAGUUUUUCACUCCGCGGUCUCUGCUGAACAGUGGCAAUAAUGGGAGCAGCGUCAAGACCAAUCGCCAGGCUUUAAGGACUUUGAAUUCCCCCGCAGUCAACCGUUUGGGUCCAGCAUUUACUAGAACGUCCAAAGCCGGUAGCACUAGGAGUCCUCAGAAUGGCGUUCCAGAUCUGCCACGAACUCCUAACAGGAAAAGAAAGCAUUCGUUCUCCUCGACGGCAUCACCUCUGCAGUCGUCGCCUUUGAAGAAAGUUCGUCUGAUAUCCCCAACGGGAGAUGAAAAUGAACAAAAGACGUUCAUCCCAGACUUUGAUGUGGCUUCUCGGGGUCGCCAACUGGCUCAAACCCCUCCAAGCCCUCCAAAGCUUCCUCGGCCUGUUUCACCUGUUAGCCGAUCCCGAGCAUUGCAGACAUCCGGUGCCCUGUAUAUGCGAAGUGUGCUAGGCGCACGCGCGAACCGGGUGACCAUACGAUCCAACUCAGGAGCUGGCUGGCAAGAUCUAACAUCGAAUUUUUACUCGCGACCGGAGGAUCGUCACUCGUGCGCGAGCUAUGCUAACGAAGGAUCGCUGGCUCUCCCAUUUUGCAAUGCUUCAUGCAAUACCAAUUCGCUGGUUGCGGUGGGUGACGAGGAAGGCGGCAUUCGGUUGUUAGAUUCGUCCAAAGAUGAUGCGCGCGGCUUUUCUGAGGCGUACCUUGGCUUUCGUCCUCACAUGAAUUCAGUCAUGGAUCUUGAAUUCUCGUCGGAUGAUAUGUUGUUGGCGACCGCCUCCGGAGACCAAACAUCUUUGGUCAUUGAUAUGACCACGCAACAACCUAUCUACUGCUUAUCAAACCAUGUCUCAUCCGUGAAACGGGUCCAGUUCCAGCCGGCUGCAAACAACAAGGUUCUUGCGACAUGCAGUCGGGACGGGAAUGUCAACAUCUGGGACCUUCGUUGCAAAGGGGUUGAGCGACCUUCGUUGCAAGUCCAGUGCUCCCUGGAAUCUGAGGGUGAUCAUUCUGCCAUGGCCACCGCUCCAAAGGUGAUCUAUCCUCAUGUCCUGAAUACGAUCCAUGGAGCCCACUCCUAUUCCACUCCCCAGAAUCAGACGUUGGAUAAAAAUGACCCGCCUCCAUUUGGCCGCUCUGAUAUCACGGUCACCUCUCUUGCCUUUCUGCCUUCUGGCCGUGAAAACCUCUUCGUGACUGCAUCAGAGGCCAGUGCAAGUGUAAGGCUUUGGGAUUUGCGAACGGCGCAUAACAACCGGCGCGGUCGACCCGUCCUUCCCGUGUCUACCUCUCGGGAGCCGGACAGCCAUGUCAAAUACCGUCGGUUUGGUCUUACUUCGAUGGCAUUCGGUGGCGAUGGCGCGAGACUGUACACGCUUUGUCGUGAUGGCACAGUUUAUGCAUACGCGACUUCGCAUCUGGUACUGGGACACGCGCCUGAGCUCUCACUAAACAACAACCGUCCGCGGCGUACAGGAGGCGCUGAUAAAGAAGGCCUCGGGCCUCUGUAUGGCUUCCGCCACCCACGUCUUCAAGUUUCUUCCUUCUACGUCAAGCUCGCUAUGCGCAAGGCGGCCAAUGACCGUCCGGAGAUGCUGGCUGUCGGCAGUAGCGAUCAUUGCGCUAUGCUCUUCCCCACCGAUGAGCGGUACCUAGAUUCGCCUAUUCAAAGGCCGGCGGAUGACCUUCCCCGCCAGCCGUCUCUUUUCUCGACUCGGUCUGGCCUUCGCCGCACCAAUUCUGGAGUUGGCCUCUCCGGACGACUGGAGGACACCAUCCCAAUCUAUCAAUCCGGCACUUCGCUGGUCGAAGGCCACCAGAAAGAAGUCACGGGGGCCUCGUGGACGGUUGACGGAGAGCUUAUCACCGUGAGCGAUGAUUACAGUGCGCGAUGCUGGCGCGAAGGCUCUGAGGCUCGCGAGCUUCGGACUAGUGGCGAGGGAGAGGGUCGACGCUGGCAGUGUGGCUGGGCGGCUACGGUAGAUCCCUACGACGAUGAGGACGAUUAA